AAAUAAUAGAAAAUUUGUAAAUAUUAAUGCAAUUCUAACAAGGCGUUUGUGGUGAGAAGAGGAUAAAAAUGAGUGGAAUCUAAGACUGCUCAUCAGUCAAAGUGCUACUGGAACUUAAUACAACGAAUAUGAAGAUAUUUAUUGGACUACUAAUUAUUGCUACCGCCAUAUCUUGCAUCCAAGGCGGUGCUAUAGGUUGGGGAAGCGGUGGUUGGGGAGGCGGUUACUCAGGAGGCUGGGGAGGUGGUUAUUCAGGAGGUUGGGGAGGUGGUUACGGAGGUGGUUACGGAGGAGCAGUGAAAGUAGUAAAGGUAGUAAGCGCUCCACCUCCACCAGUUGUAAAAGUGGUUAAAGUUGUAAAUUCUGGAUGGGCACCACCACCACCGGCUUACAAAGUAAUUAAAGUUGUUUCCCACGGAGGAGGAUGGGGUGGCUCAGGAUGGUGGUGAUUGCAUUUGCUUACUGUCUAUGAAGCAACUAAUACCGAUCAGUACGAAUUUCAAAUAAAUGUAUUAGUGAACCAUUAUCUAUGUUUUACUUUUGAAAAAAUAAAUUUUAAAACAAAA